GACCGUGCCCAUUGAGAGCCGCCGGGUGAGAGGAGAGCGCUCCGGGCAGCGCCGGCACCGGGGCGGGAGGGAGGGAGCGGCCCCGCGCUGCGCCGAGCCGGGCAGCCCUGCUCGGAGGCACGCUAAUUGGAUUUCAUUCACUCGGGGCGGAGGAAAAGCCCAAGGGCUCGGGCUGCAGCGGCGAUUAGGCAGGUUCAUUCAGGGAUUCAUUGACAAAAAAAAAAAAAGAAAAAGAGGAGAGCGGGCAGCAGGCAGCGGCGCACGCACGCGGAGCCGCGCGCGCACACACACACACACACACACACACACACACACGCAGCCGCUGCUCCCUCCCGUGGCUCCGCCGCCCGGCGCGGGGGAGGCGCGGGGGGGCUGCGUGAUUCACUUCCCCGGGGCGGGGGGAGAUAAGUUGUGCGGAGUUGCGGGGCCGCAGCCCGGCCGCACGCCCCUGUGAGAGAGAGGGGCGCUUCCCGAGCCCGCUCCGCGCCCCCCGUCCUUCCUCAUGCUAGAUACGUUCAGACCCGUCCCUUUCGCGUCGGAAAUGGCGAUUAGUAAAUCCGUGGCGUGGCUGAACGAACAGCUGGAGAUGGGCAACGACCGGCUGCUGCUGAUGGACUGCCGACCUCAGGAGUUGUACGAGUCGUCCCACAUCGAGUCGGCCAUCAACGUGGCCAUCCCCGGCAUCAUGCUGCGGCGUCUGCAGAAGGGCAACUUGCCCCUGCGCGCCCUGGUCGCCAGCAGCGAGGAGGAUCGGGAGCGCUUCGCCCGCCGGUGCGGCACCGAUACGGUGGUUCUGUACGACGAGCACAGCCGCGACUGGAACGAGAACACUGGCGGCGAGUCCGUGCUGGGGCUGCUGCUCAAGCGUCUCAAAGACGAGGGCUGCAAGGCGUUCUAUCUGGAAGGUGGCUUCAGCAAGUUCCAGGCCGAGUUUGCCCUGCACUGCGAAACGAACCUAGAUAGCUCGUGUAGCAGCAGCUCCCCUCCUCUCCCCGUCCUGGGCUUGGGAGGCCUCCGAAUCAGCUCCGAUUCCUCAUCGGACAUCGAGUCUGACAUUGACAGAGACCCGAAUAGUGCCACCGACUCGGAUGGCAGCCCGCUCUCCACCAACCAGCCUUCCUUCCCUGUGGAGAUCUUACCCUACCUCUACUUGGGCUGUGCCAAGGACUCCACGAAUCUGGACGUUUUAGAAGAGUUUGGCAUAAAAUACAUCUUGAAUGUUACCCCCAACCUGCCCAAUCUCUUUGAAAACGCCGGCGAGUUCAAGUACAAGCAGAUCCCCAUCUCAGACCACUGGAGCCAAAACCUGUCUCAGUUCUUCCCCGAGGCCAUCUCCUUCAUAGAUGAAGCGCGGGGGAAGAACUGUGGAGUCCUGGUGCACUGCUUAGCGGGGAUCAGCCGCUCAGUCACGGUGACGGUGGCCUACCUCAUGCAGAAGCUCAACCUGUCCAUGAACGAUGCCUACGACAUCGUCAAGAUGAAGAAGUCCAACAUUUCACCCAACUUCAACUUCAUGGGUCAACUGCUGGACUUUGAGCGGACCCUGGGGCUGAGCAGCCCCUGUGACAACCGAGUGCCCAACCAGCAGCUCUACUUCACCACCCCUGCCAACCAGAAUGUCUUCCAGGUGGACUCCCUGCAGUCCACGUGAACUCUCGCAGCUUCCCUUCUCCUGUCCGUUCCAUGGGAUCAUUCCUCACUGGUUUCUCUUUGGCAGUGAAGAAAGAAAACACAGCUUUCUCUAUUUUCUGGCCUGUGGCACUGCAGAGCAGCAGCCGGCGCAGGCUAGAAAGGGUCACGCAGCACGGAACCGGCUAUUGCGGCGGGAGGGAAGGCGAGGAGCUCUGGGAGGCCAUGGAGGCUGGGCGCAGGUGGCCAUGUCCCGCUGGCCAGCCCCAAGGACUGCAGAGGGGAACAGUGGGGCUGGAUGGGCCGUGCACAUGUUUCCCGGGACUGGGACUGCCCCGCUUCCCUCUGUGCUUCUGGAUCUGUGACAUAGGUUCUGUCUUCAGUGAAGACUGGUUAUGUUUUGUUUGUCACUUUUUAAUUUAGAGGAGCCAAAGAAAGAGAUUUCAGCAUAGUGUACUUGGAGUAUUUGUUUGCCAGGAGCUCGGUAGUGUUCUACUUGAUCAAUGUAAAUAUUUAAUCUUAAGUCGAUUUUCAGGUUUUUUUUUUUGUUUUUUGUUUUUUAAAUUCACAUGUAUUCAAGAAAUCAAUCCAAGGGACGCCUAAGUUUUUGUUCUCUUCAUGAAUUCUGCUUUGUUUGUUUGUUUGUUUGUUUUAAUUAUGGCAAAGAACAUAUUUGCAGCAUGCUCAAUCUUACUGUUCAGUUGAGACAAGCUUUCCACGGGGAGAAAUGGCAAUGGUGAGAAGUUUGCGAAGUUUGCAAGUCACGUUAGUGAACAAGUACAAUCUCUUCCUUCAUAUACUUUUCUUGUGGUGAUUUUUUUUUUUUCCUUCACAUUCUUGAUGUAGUUUCCACAUGGUAUAUAUAUAUAUUUUAAAUUAAAUUAAUUUUGUUUUUUUGCCUUACCUUUUGUAAAUAGAUCAUCUGGGAGGAGAUUUGUCUUUGAAUGCGAAAGAUUUUUUGAUCACUUUUUAGAACUUUCAGAUGUACUAAACAGUGCAUUACCUCUGUACAAA